AUGGCAAUUCGAUUGAUUGACACCGAGAAUUUGAUGUUCAAGUCCUUUGUGGGAUCCUCCGUCCCGGAGUAUGCAAUUUUAUCACACACCUGGGGCCCUGAAGCCGAUGAAGUCACAUUCCAGGACAUGUUGGCUCUGAGUAGAGGGUCUGAACAUCCAAAGAGGCAUCGACUGGGAUAUCGCAAGAUCAUCGAGACUUGUCAAGAAGCUAGAUCGGCCGGCAUUGGGUACUGUUGGGUAGACACGUGUUGCAUCGACAAGACAAGCAGCGCUGAACUUAGCGAGGCAAUCAACUCGAUGUUCAAAUGGUAUCACGAUGCGGUUAUCUGCUAUGUUCUACUUUCCGACCUUGAUAUUGGAGAUAUCCGGGACUUGAGUUUGAUUCGCAAAUGCAGAUGGUUCAAGAGAGGCUGGUGUUUACAGGAGCUUGUCGCUCCGCGACACGUUGAAUUCUACGACUGUUCAUGGAACUUCCUUGGAUCAAAAGAUGACUUGUCGUCUCAAAUUUCGAACAUCACGGCUAUUGCAACGCAUGUUCUGACCGGACAGGUGCCGCUGGAAACACUUCCAGUGGCUCAGAGGCUAGCGUGGGCAGCCAAGAGAGAGACCACACGAACAGAGGACAUUGCUUAUUGUCUCCUGGGAAUUUUCGGCAUUCAGCUGCCUAUCUUGUACGGGGAGGGCACGAAAGCAUUCAUACGUCUACAGGAAGAGAUCAUGAAACAGUCCAAUGAUCGUUCGAUCUUCGCAUCGCAACAGCCUUGCGGGAACGAGUGGUAUUGCAGUUUGCUAGCGCCCUCCCCAGAGUAUUUCACACAUUCCUACAACCUCGUCCACUGGGGAGACACUGUGUAUCAAGGCAGUGCAUAUGCUCUGACUAACAGAGGGCUGCAAUUUUCCGAGACCAAACUCUACAUCGAUUACAGGUCCGGUUUAUAUCUCUUACCUCUGAAUUGUAUCUUGUCCAGAGACGCAGAGAUCGUUGAGGGUUUGCUCCUGCAGCAAGUCGGGCCGGAUCUCUUCGCAAGGCGUACUCAACGCCCUGAUUUCAGGAUCGUGAAUCAAAUCAUGCUCAACUCGUCGAAAGUUCCUUCAGUCGUCAAGAAGGGCAUAUACAUUAUCUCACAACUCAGUGCUUCGAUUCAAGCGGACCUGCGCUUGGCAGAUUUGUAUGCAAUACAAUUGUCUUCCGAUACACUUCGACUUGGGGCGGGCUAUGAGAUAGUACAAGUUGUAGAAGGAUCAACUAACAACAACCGUUGGGACGUCGCUCGAAUGAGAUUCCUUACAAGAGGUUGUUCCUCCUUCGAAGCCUGUUGGAAACUCUACCCAUCGCGGGACUCACGACUUAAAAACUUGCCUGCUGGUUUUACUUUAGACCCCUGCUAUGUAUUAUGUGCGUUUACAAAAGGAGGAUCCGUUAAAGGCAUGUAUUUAUCGCCGCGAGUUGCCGUAUUAAGCCAGGCAGAAUGGCUCGAUUUGGAAAGGAAGAAUGGAACCUUCAAGGAAAUUCCAGAUCUCGUGAUAGGUGACUGGCAUGAAGCCCCUACAUUACUUCCACUAGAGUUCAGGGCUGGUCUAUCCAACAACCUGUACCUUCACGUCUCGCAUGAUUUGGACACAAAGCAAAAGUUACAUCGGCUCAAAAUUAACUUCGGACAGCAUUAG